AUGUCGUGGGAUAGCAUUAUCAAUGGCAACCUUCUCGGAACUGGUUUCGUCAGCAAAGCGGCCAUCUGCGGAUUCGACGGAUCCAUCUGGGCUAAAAGUGCUAAUUUCAACAUCUCCGCUGAAGAAGCUGUUAACGCCGGAAAAGCUUUCUCCAAUAAGGAGGCUCUUCUUGGAACUGGAAUGCGUUUGGAGGGACAAAAAUACGUUGUAUUGAAUGUUGAUGAUGAAAGAGUUAUUGGAAAACAAGGAUCUGCGGGUUUCUUCAUAUACAAGACAACGACAGCUGUCAUCAUUUCUAUUUACGAAGGUGGGCUUCAACCAGAACAAUGCAGCAAGUGCACAGGAGCUUUGGCUGACUACUUUAAAAAGAUCAACUAUUGA